AUGUCAACUUCAAGUAGUAGUUGGAUAGAUCCUAGACGACAAAAUUUAACUUUUCAUGAUAAUGAUGAUGAAAGUCUUGCUAUUCAAUUACAACAACAAUUUGAUGAAGAUUUAGCAGCACAUACAAAUAAUGAUGAAGAUAAAAAUUUUGCUCUGUUAUUGCAACAACAAUUUGAUGAGAAUUUAGCAAUACAUACACAAAACAAUGAUGAUGAUAAUGAGGAUAAAAAAAUUGCCAUGCAAUUACAGCUACAAUUAGAUGAGGAUUUUGCACACAUACAAAAUACACAAAACCAAACUCCUGCAGCCAUCAAUGAUUUAGGUGAAGAUGAAAAUAUUGCGAUACAAUUACAAAAACAAUUUGAUGAGGAUUUUGUACAAAGUCAAGUUCCUGCGACUAUCAAUGACUUAAAUGAAGAUGAAAAUAUUGCUAUGCGAUUACAGCAACAAUUCGAUUCACAAAGUCAAGUUCCUGCGACUACCAAUAAUUCUGAUGAAGAUAGACGGCUUGCCAUGCAAUUACAACAACAAUUGGAAUUGGAAGAGGUUCCUGCAACUUCCAAUAAUUUUGAUGAGGAUAGACGACUUGCCAUGCGAUUACAACAACAACUGGAAGAGAAUUCACAACGCGAAGAAUAUCAAUUUGAUGAAGAUUUGGGACGAGAAGAAUUUAAUGAAGGUAACCAAACAAAAAUAUCUUUAGAUUUAUGUGAACCUCUCAUAUUCAUUGUUCUCUUAAUUACCAAUAACUUAGAUGUAACUUUCCCCGGACCUCAGUUUUUGAACUUCCCAUUGCCAGAGAUCGUAAACGUUUCUAAUGGCGAAAUCGUAUCCGAAGAUCUAAGUAGUAUUAUCCAAGGUUUUAAAGAAAAACUAGAGCAGGAAUUUCCUGAGGCUACUGUAAAGAAAAUUAAGCUUCGUACAAGAAAUAAACAACUUAUGUGGACAGAAUUCAUUGCUGCUAUCAAGAAUUUUAAUGAAAUUGAUUUUAUAAAGAGACCAAAAAUUUCAUUUCUAAAUGAACCAGCGAUAGAUGCAAGUGGUGUAUUUAAUGAUACAAUCCGACAAAUUUUGGAAAUGUUCAUGUCAUUAGAAAAUCCUGAAUAUGGUGGUGAUGGUCAUCUUUUCAUCGGUGAUUCUACAAAAAUUAUUAGUAACACGGCUCCAAUUGAUUUUAUGGAUGAACUUGAUGUGUUUGGAGAUAUCUUAUUUUUGGCAAUAAUCCACGAGGCUCCAUUUCCUACUGAUCUAGAUAUUACUCUUUUUAAACACUGUUUAGAUUUAAAAAACAGUAUAUCAUUAGAUGACUUGAAAAACAUUAACCUGCAGAAAUAUAAUUUGGUUAAAGAAUUACAAAAUGCUAAUCCAGAAACAAAUUUAUCCACAAUUGUUGGAUUUGAUGAAUGGGCUGAAGAAAAAGAAAUAACUCCUGUACAAAAGCGAAUGUUUGCCAGGUCAAAAGAAAAUUUACAAAAAUUGGCAAAGCAAAUUUGUGAGGAUGUAUUGAUCAAUAGUCGAAUUACCCAACUUAAUGCUAUAAAAAAGAAAUUAAACAAGUUUGGAUUUUUUGAUAUCUUAAAAGCAAAACAAGUCAAAAUUGAACAAAUUAAAGAAUGCAUGUAUCAGGAAGUGAUGACACCUGACGAUAUUAUUCACAGAUUAGUUCCUAUUCCUAACUUAAAUGAAAAACAAAACAAUGUUAUGAAUUGGCUUAUUGAAUGGUUAAGAAGACAAGGGAAAGAUAAAUUACAAGAAUUUUGUAGAUUGGCAACGGGAUUUACACAUCCAAGAAAUGAAAUAAAGAUUACUUUCAAAUCGACUUUUUUCCAAGAAUCUCCAGAUGUUCAACUUACACCAAAAUUUGAAACUUGUUCCCAAGAAAUAAAACUUUCAGAGAAUUUUUCAUCAAGAGAAGAAUUAUUUAAGACGAUGAAUGCACAAGUCAAUGCAACUAAUGAUAAUGAAAACUUCACCGUGGUUUAG